AUGAAGAGCCAUAAAGAAAUGGAUGUGACCAGCGACUGGGACACAUUUCUGAAGGAGUUAGCUGAAUGCCACCAGUGUGCUGAACAAGCUCUCUAUCAGAAGCAUUGGAAAGAAAUAAAGCAGUCAGGGCUCAGCUGGGAUCUAGUAACACCCAAAGACCACUUACGUUCUCUAGAUGAAAUUCUACAUCAUUUAUCACUGCUUGGUGCUGAUUUGCAAAUCACAGAUUCCCACAUCAGAUAUGUCACUAAAAAAAAAGAUGAAGCACAGUCUUUGGAAGCAGAGCUAGCUACAGACUCAGCAACUCAAAUAUUACAAGCUUCAGCAGUCAAAAUAGUAAAGCUAGAAGUUAUGAAACAAGUGUGUCUCUAUAGAGUAUUGGAUCUCUAUAAUGAACUUCAGAGACAGACCUGUCCAGAAGGUGUGUUAAGGAUUCUGAACACUUUACACUAUAGAGCUACAGGAGAAUCUGUGGCCCAAGAGGUGGCCCAGAUUACUGAGAAGCAGCAAAUGGAGAGAGCUGUGGCUUUUCUCCAGAAGUACCACAAAGAAGGGGACUUACUUAUUGGUGUAAAGGAAGAGUCAGCGACUGAACUGAGGAAUAUGCAGACACAGUUCAGACUGGAGCUUCAAAUCCAGACAGAAGAAAAGGUGCAAGCCAAGGAAAUGCAAGUGAUCCAGGAGGCUGAAAGACAGGAGUUACCAAAUCAUAUUGAGCAUGUGGCAUAUUUUAUCCUAUCUCAGAGACACUUGCGGCAAACAGUAAUAGUGCUACAAGACAGCUGCAGAUUUCAAAAGGCAGACUUUUGGACACAGUCUGAAGAAAGAAACCUGGCAUCAUCAUUGAAAGAUAACAUAGAGUACAAGCUUUCAGGGCUGGAGUUGAAACAAGCUGCCAGAUUAUUACAACUGAGAGAGAGACAGUUUUUGGAAAUAACCAAAUGUCUGAAAGACCACUCUUUGAACAAGCCUGUGGAUGAAGCUGGCUUCACAGCCAAUGAUCUACAGGAAUUCAGAAAGCAGAAAAUAAGGGGGCUGAAAGAACAGCUCAAGAUCUUCUUGGGUGAUAAAAGAACUAAGAAUACUUCAAGCAAUCUUGAUCCACUACAGAUCAAAAAAUCCACCUUUAAAAGUGAAGAUAAAAUACUUAAAGGGAACGUUAUCUGGGAGAUUUUCCAAGCAAAGCAGCUGCAGCUGGAAGAGUCUCACCAAUGCCAAAUAUUAGAUGAAAGAGUGAAUCUGCAGGAUCAGCUGGAUCAUGGAGAGCUCAGGAGCUGGAUGAAGGAUAAAAUGAUGAGAAACACAAUGAAACUGUGGCCUUCCUGCAAAAGGCUUUUCACCCCAGGAGAACUGAGAGGAAGGCUAGAGCAGGCAGAGAAGAAAAAAGAGAAGCAGCAAGAAAACAGCCCUCCAUCAUCUGUAGCUGCAUCCUUAUUGGCCAAAGAGAAACCCAGCCAGGCAGAAGACCAGGUUCUCUCUCUCUUAGCAGAGAAUGUCAAGAUACUGAAGCAAACUGAACAGUUGUUGGCAUCAAGGAUUAUUCUCCUGAAUCCCCAGUUCAGGUCACCUCUUCUGUGUGAUGAUGAUAAAGCCAAAUAUAUGAAAUCUUCUCCACUUCUCACUCUUCUGAAAGAUGUGAAUGACCAGCUCCAAGCUCAUGCAAUGGCAGUUGGGCUUCUGAAAAGCCAUCUGCCGGAAAAAGACAGAGGAAGUUCUUUUCAGGAUAUAUUGGAUGCUUUGAUGACUCACAAAGGUGAACUAAUACCUGUUCAUCCCCCAACACUUUCUGCAAGAGAGUUUGUAAUAUACCAAUAUGGCAUCUCCAUUCUCCAGUUUCUCAGGCCUCAUAUCAAUGCUCCAGAAAUUAACCUGUGUGUUGCCUCCAGCAUACCUCUCAGUAACACCACAGGCAAUGCCUUCCAAAACUCUUUCUAUCAUCAGAUUUCAGAGAACAAAUUAUUCAUUUUAAGAGAGUAUCUGGGUUGUGUGGGCAGCUUCAUUCUGCUGCUGGUGCACUGUCUGGCUCACAUCACUGCUGCUGACCUCAGCCAAGACUCCAGCCCUGCGUUUCAGAGACUGUUUUAUCAGGCACUAAAGGCCUGUCUCAGUGAAAUGUUCUCCCUUAGACUCCAGAUGUCAGCAGUUCUCCAGGACAAUAAAUCCUCUGUGAAGAUAAGUGAGAUUCUGCUGAAGGGAGAACCAUUCUCUGAGGAGAAAUUAAAUCUCAUCUCUCAGCUCUCAGCUGCAAAAGUAAAAUCCUCCAAGGAGAUCAAGGCAUCAGAGGAGAGGAACAGGAACCUCUUACUCCAUACAAAUCUUGAGAACUUGCUGAAGAAUAAACCAUCUGUAAAGAAGAAAGAGUGUUUCACCCACAUCUCAGCGGGCAGGAAAGAGAACUACUUUGGUGCAAGGAUAAGCUCAGAAGAGGAAAGCUGCUCUUACUUCAGCCUUUCGGAAGUGGAAGAUAAGUUGGAUACAUUAACUGAGGAGUUGGUGAAAGUCAUAGAGGAAGAACAUCGUUUUUUAAAAUAUACAGCCAGUGAAGAUUUGCUCUUUGGUCAGUUUGAGAUAAUUAGUUUAAAAAAAGACUGUUUGGUAAAGCAAAUGGAAAUAUUAGAAGGGAAAAUAGCAAAAGGCAGAGAGGUUUCUAAGUAAUAUUAACAACAAAGGAAAAAAAAGUGACUUACUUCAAGCUUGGCUUUACACCAAGCAAAAAAAAAAAAAAAAAAAAAAAAAAAGUUUAUUCCAAGACAGGUGCAUUGUUUGUUUUCCUCUCCUCCAAACUCACUCAUUAUUAAAUCUGAUUUAAAAGAAUGUAAGGUACCUUAAGAGACAGGACCCAAGGCUAAUCAACUCCUUGAUUUCUUCUGAAAUAUCCAUUAAUAAGCAGUCAAGAUAUCUUGGUUAUUGUCAUUGCACAAGCAUGUGAAAUCUCCAUUAACUGUCAACUUAGCAAAGGAAUGCAGGUGGGGUUUUAAAACAGAACUCCCCUCAGUUCUGUUUUAACCACUAAAAACAUUGAAGAAGACAGUCACACUUAUCCAUAGCCUUUAAACUUAUAGGAAGACAGUUUCCUGUCCCAUAGAAAUUCUAAUUCUGAAAGGUGCUGAGUACCUCUCGCUUAGAUUUACUUCAGUGUGAGCUGAAGGCUAGAGCCUCAAAAGGUAUCUAAGCUCCUAGCUUCUGGGCUCAAGUGCCCUCAACUCCUUGCAGGGUCAGCCCCUAAUUUACACUGGUGUGAUACAAACAAGAAUAUGAAGGAAAAGGAGCAGAUGGCAUCACACAGGAGAUCAGCAACACAGAAGAGCAUUUUGUAUAUGGAUUUGAAUGAGAUUUGUUUCUGUUGCAGUGGUUGUGAAUCAUUGACUGUCUCUGCUCUAAAACGGUCAAACAGCUGACACAACUGUAUCCAAUUGCUUCUAUAUUCUUAAUUGGGUGAUUUGAUUGUAGUGUCCUAUUAAAAUAUACCUUUUUAGAGUUCCUAGAUCAAACUAAACUGUAAUUUAUAAAUUGCAUUAAUUUGUGAAGAUGCAAACAAGUUUUUGAAAACAAAAAAACCUGAACAGGUCAGAACUGAAGUGGCAUGUGUCCCUGCUCUGAAGUGUACUACAGAAGUGAAGGAAGCAUUGCACUGGCAUUCCCAGCUACUGUAAGUAAAUCACCUACCAGACUGAGAUUGUUAAUUUAUUGGAUAGUUUCCUGAAGCACUCUGUUAGAUUGCUGUUAAUAUAUUAACUCUGUAGGCCCCUUGAGGACUUAAAUAGAAAUACUGCCCAAUUUACAACAAAAGAUGGAGUCUCCCUACCUUCUGUGGAGGGAUCAAGUGGAGCCUAUUAAUCAACAGCAAACUUUGUUUCAGAAACAAUUGCAUGACUAAAAAUAUAUGUAAAAGAAAAAUCUAUGCAUAGAUGAGAGUCAAGGCCAGUGUCUAUCCUUGCUGCACACACCAAAGAAACACUAUGUAAUAAGCAGGAUUUGUUUUGGUUACAUUUGAGCACAAGAAAAGGACCCUCCCAGACAUCUGGGAGCUGCAGGAGAAUUCCAGAUCAAAUACAGGAUUUUUUUUUGGCUGUAGCUGUGAUAGAGAGGUAGGCUUCUGCGUUAUCUCCACCACAAAGCAUGUUUAGGUCCCAUAUACUUGUCUACUGGUCAUUAAAUCUCUUAAAAAAAAAUACAAAUUUCUGGUGAGUUCUAUCCUAAGAAAAUAUCAGUUUAGGAUGAUCUUAUAAAGAGCUUUCAGUAGAGGAGGAAGACUCUUUUGGGCAUUCACCAUUCACACACCUGGUGAUAAAUCACAAAUGCAAUAUUUUUAAAAACCACAACUAAGUUUAUUAAUCUCCAUGU